GCACAUAGCACAUAUACGUACAUAUAAAUAUAUAUAAUACGACGUACCUACGCGAUUUAACAAUGGAUACCACGAGUGGCGGUGUGGACGACAAAACGAAAGAAAAAGAAGACAACGAACGCCGUACAAUGAGACCAAAAUUGAAAUACUCGCUAUCAUACUGCCCGUCCAUGUCUCGGCCGUUGGACUUCAGCGUCAAAGGUCCCGUGCCGAUUUACAUACACAAAAAACAAAAAGUGCUCACUGGUUGCUCAUACAUCGAACUAAAGUUGCAAAAACACUCCAAGGUGGGUGAAAUAACGUUUAGAAACUAUUACACGGCUAGCGUGAGCGUGCUACUGUUGAGAUCGAAUACUCUGCAAGGUCCGCCGAUGGGAUCGAGGAACUGGGAGGUGGGUAUCAAGAACCGAACUCUGAUGAACCAGCCACACUGCGAAAACGGCGCACAAGACUAUUUCUCGCUGUGUUUCACCGAGGCGUGGAAUAACGUUUCAAAGCUUAAAAUCAUACUUAGACAACCGUCGCCUAUGUGCAAGACAUUCCAUUUAGAAGAAAUCAAGUUGUAUGCCGAUGUGCCUCGAUUCGGCAGACCCUUUUUUGAACAAAAACUACCACCUUAUCUGAUUCAUAACACUACAACGGCCAUUUCAUGGAGACCUAGUACAAGGACCAGCAAUGAAAUGCAAUUUGUACAUAGGUCAGACACGAAUAACAAGACUCAAAGUCUUGGUUAUGUAGUUGAACAAGUGCCAAACAAUUAUGACAGUUCAAAAAUAACGUAAGUUAAGAACCUUAAAAAAGGUUCAUGUCAUCUAACAAAAUAACCAUGAAUACAUUAUUUUAACACAAG